AUGCCCGAGCCUGUCGCGUACGAGUACCUGUCGUGCGCGGUGAGUCGCACGCCCCACGUCUCGGACUGGGCGCGAUUGCGCAGUAGCGAUGGUGCAGCGACGGAUGCGCUUGUAUUUGGCGUGCACCACUCGUUCGCCAUGUGGCUCGAUCCCUGCAGCGGCCAGGCCGUGCAUGUACUCAAGGUCAUCCAGACAGCCGACGCGCCGCCGAGCCUCGUGCUCGGCACGUACGAAGGCGCGUGGGAGCUGUGGCACUGGGAGCCGCACGCGCGUGGCGCUGACGUGGGCGACUGGGUGUGCGAUGCGUGCGUGCCGGGUGCGCACGCGGCGCCUGUGACGGCCCUCGGCGUGCUGCGCGAUGCGCAGUCCCUCGCGGCGAUGGACGAGGCGCUGUUCGUCACGGGCAGCUCCGACGCCACGCUCCAGGUCUGGGGCCGCACGGCGUCAGCGGCGUUUGCACCGCAGACGAUUUCCCUGCAGGGCGCCUACCCCCUGGACGUGGCGCUCGUGCGCCUCCCCGUGCCGACGCCCGUGGUGCUCAUGGCCGUCGCGCUCACGGACCGGCGCCUCAUGCUGUACACGCGCGAGGGCCACGGCCCCUUUGUCAAGCAGCUUGCUCUCGAGGGCCACGAAGACUGGAUUCGCGCGCUCGACGCGGUGGUGGCGCCGGAUCCCGCGCGCGCUGGCGCCCCGUGUGUGCUCCUCGCGUCGGCGUCGCAGGACCAGCACAUUCGUCUGUGGAAGUUGCAGCCGGACGCGCCACGCACCGACGCGCCACGGCGCGACGCCUUUGAGGCGCUGGCCAGCGAGAUUCUGCCGGAUGACGCCGGCCUGCAGACCCAGUCGCACGCGCUCGUGCUGGAGCAUGGGCGCUGGGCCAUCGCCCUGGACGCGCUCCUCCUCGGCCACGACGCAUGGGUGACGAGCGUCCGCUGGUGCCCCCACGACGUGGACGGCGCGCCGCGCGCCGCGCUCGUAAGCAGCUCGGUCGAUAACAGCGUGAUUGUGUGGAUGCCGCAGUCCACGUCUGCAUGGCCGACGCUGGCGGACCCUGCCGCCGCGCAUGCGAUGUGGCUGCCGAUGCACCGCCUCGGCGACGUGGGCAGCCUUAGCGGCGGCUUUCUCGGGGCGUUGUGGCGGCCGGGCACUGCGCCGGCGAUCGCCGCGCACGACCGGCAGGGCGCCUGGCACCUGUGGUGCCUCACCGAGCGGCAGUGGGUACCCCAGCCCGCCGCGUCUGGGCACGCCGGCGCCGCCACGAGCGCGGCAUGGGCGCCAUUCGGCGACGGAUUCCUGAGCACCGGCACAGAUCGCACGACGCGCUUGCACGGCACGUAUUCGUCCGAUGCGCAGCGCACCUGGCACGAGCUCGCUCGGCCGCAGACGCACGGGUAUGCGAUGCAAGCGGCCGCCUGGCUCGAUCGCACCUCGUUCGUGAGUGCCGCAGACGAAAAGGUGCUGCGCGUGUUCAGUGCGCCGCAGGCAUUCAUCGAUCGCGGCGUCGCCGGCGGCCUGUGGCAGACGCCCAGCCUCGAGGCGACCGUCGUCCUCGUCGAUGUGCGCGAUGCGCAGUGGCGCGCGGCGGCAGCGCUUGCGCCCGCCGUGCGUCGCGCGGUCGCGGCGCGCACCCCGCGUGUGGCCUUUCUCCUGUGUGCUGCGAGCCUGGCACACGACGCCGACGUGCGCGGCAUCGAGGCGUGCCUCCAGACCCUGUACACGGAGGCCUGGGCGUGCGCUACCGCGCAGGACGACUGGCACAUGGAUCUGCGUGUGUAUCUCGUGCCGGGCGCCUCGUCGUCCUUGUCCGCACACCGCGCGCUGCGCGAGUGGGCUGCGGCGCAUGCGCCACUGCGCGCCGUGCUUCUCGUCGGCGGCGCCUGGGAGGCCGAUGCGGGCGCGCCCGCCGCGCUCGCGCCGGGUCUCGCACCGGAGCGCGUCGAUCCCGCGCCGACCGACCCGUCCGGCGGCGCGCCGGAAGCGGCGCCGCACGGCCGCGUGGCAGCGGUCGGUGGCACCUUUGAUCACCUGCAUAUUGGGCACAAGCUCCUGCUGAGCAUGGCCACACUAUGUGCGUCGCAUGAGCUCGUGGUCGGCGUCACGGCGCCGUCGAUGCUCACGAAGAAGAAGCACGCCGAGUAUGUGGAACCGCUGGACGUGCGGCAGGCGGCUGUGCGUGAGUUUGUGCGUGACUUUUGCACGACCCUGGCACCGAUCGCACUCGACGUCGUGACCCUGCACGACGCCUGCGGCCCGGCCGGGACGCGUGCGGACAUCGACGUGCUGGUGCUCACGGACGAGACAGCACAGGGCGGCACGCUCGUGGCGCAGGAGCGCGCGGCGCGCGGCCUGCCCCCCGCGGCGCCGUACGUCGUGCGACUCGUGGAUGCGCAUGGCCAUGCGGGAGCGAGUGCCGCGACCAAGCUGGGCAGCACGGCCCUGCGUGCGCGGCUCGCAGCGCAGGGCGUGCCGCCCGGGGCGGACCGCGUUGUGCCGGCGCCGCGAGCUGCGGCGCGUGCGGCUGCCGCGCACGUCCCGCCGCUGGGCCUCUCGAACCGUGCGGUGGACGAGCCGGCAGCCGCGCCAGAGCCGCUUGUGUCGUCUGCGCCGCCGGGGCCCGAGGCGCUGCAAGCGCUGACGCUGUGGCCCGAGGUCGAGAAGCUGUAUGGCCACGCGUACGAGCUGCUGUGGGUGGCCGUCGAUCCACACACGCAGCUGGUGGCAAGUACCUGCAAGGCGACGACGCCGGCGCACGCGGUUGUGCGCCUGUUUGACGGGGCGGACCACUUCCGACCGCUCGCGCCGCCGCUCGAGGGGCACACGCUCUCGAUUACGCGCGCGGCCUUCUCGCCGGACGGCACGUACCUCUUGACGGUGAGCCGCGACCGUUCGUGGCGCGUCUUUGUGCGGACUGCGCAGGGGUAUGCCCCGUGGAUCGGCGAGCGUGCGCACGCGCGGAUUGUGUGGGACGGCGCGUGGGCGCCCAGCAGCGCGGAGCGCCUCUUUGCGACGGCGUCACGCGAUAAGAGCGUUAUGGUGUGGCGCAUCGCCGACGGCCAGCGGCCGUACGAGCGGCUCGCGACGCUCGCGCUCCCGGCCGCGGCCACGUCCGUUGCAUGGCAUGACGCUCGCACGCUCGCUGUGGGUCUCGAGAACGGCGACGUGCGUGUGUACCGCAGCGCUGAUGCGCGCGCGUGGGCCGAGCACGCGGCGCUGCCGCGGCACCACACGGGGGCCGUGCUGCAAGUUGCCUUUCGUCCUAUGGGCGCGUGGAUCCACGCGUUCAACGACGUGCCGGCGCAGCUGCUCUCCGCCGGUGACGACGGGUGCGUGCGGCUCGUGUCGGUGUCCCUUAGCGGCCAUAUCUAG